AUGCUCCACAGCGCCCCCUCUGGCCCCGUGUCAUACUGGCAGCUCCACAGCGCCCCCUCUGGCCUGGUGUCGUACUGGCAGCUCCACAGCGCCCCCUCUGGCCUGGUGUCGUACUGGCAGCUCCACAGCGCCCCCACUGGCCCGGUGUCGUACUGGCAGCUCCACAGCGCCCCCUCUGGCCUGGUGUCGUACUGGCAGCUCCACAGCGCCCCCUCUGGCCUGGUGUCGUACUGGCAGCUCCACAGCGCCCCCUCUGGCCUGGUGUCGUACUGGCAGCUCCACAGCGCCCCCUCUGGCCUGGUGUCGUACUGGCAGCUACACAGCGCCCCCUCUGGCCUGGUGUCGUACUGGCAGCUCCACAGCGCCCCCUCUGGCCUGGUGUCGUACUGGCAGCUCCACAGCGCCCCCUCUGGCCUGGUGUCGUACUGGCAGCUCCACAGCGCCCCCUCUGGCCUGGUGUCGUACUGGCAGCUACACAGCGCCCCCUCUGGCCUGGUGUCGUACUGGCAGCUCCACAGCGCCCCCUCUGGCCUGGUGUCGUACUGGCAGCUCCACAGCGCCCCCUCUGGCCUGGUGUCGUACUGGCAGCUACACAGCGCCCCCUCUGGCCUGGUGUCGUACUGGCAGCUCCACAGCGCCCCCUCUGGCCUGGUGUCGUACUGGCAGCUCCACAGCGCCCCCUCUGUCCUGGUGUUGUACUGGCAGCUACACAGCGCCCCCUCUGGCCUGGUGUCGUACUGGCAGAAUCUGAUCCAAAACUAUUAG